AUGAACUUACUUUUGCAGAGAUCUCCAGUUCUGCCAAGAUUGUCCUUUCACAGCGACGAUUUUCGAGCACUACUAAAUGUUUUGGUUUUUCGUUUUGCUAUAAACACAAUUAACCAGAAUACAGAAAUGUUACCCAAUAUUACAUUGGGAUAUCAUAUUACUGAUUCAUGUUUAGAUGCCCGUGUGGCAAUCAGUUAUGGAGCUACAGACCCUUCUCUUACUGACAGACGUCUUUAUCCUCAUGUUUUUCGGACAGUUCAGAAUGAUCAUGUCCACUAUUUGGCAGUAAUUGAGCUGUUGAAACACUUUGGUUGGACUUGGGUUGGAAUAUUCACAACAGAUGAUGAUGCUGGAGAUAAGGAAAGAGAAAUUUUAACAAAGUACAUGAUCAGUCAUGGGAUUUGUGUUGAGUUUACAUUUAAACUUGGAUUAGAGACAUUAAAUGAUGAUACGUCAUUAAAAACCCUUGAAGUCACUGCCGCUAUUUUGAAAAACUCCACUUCUAAGGUCAUCGUAGUAUGUGGAUCUUAUGUCUAUAUCAAUGCAAUUUUCUCUAUCUUAGACAGUUUUGUCUCUGAUAAAACAUUUAUUUUUCCUCCUAUUUGGGUUUCCAGAUCUUCAGUACAUCUAAUACCAUUAACUGCAAUUAACGGGAAUUUAGCGGUGGAACUCUACCCCUUAUCCCUUCCAGAUAAAGAACAUUUCUUUGAUGGCAUUGACAAGAUGAAUAGUACAAACAAUUCAUCUGGUUCCUUGUACUUUUUAACGGUAGCAAAGUGCUUGUCUGCAAACAGAGGAAAGAGCCAAAUAGAAUGUAAAAUAGACAAUAAACAAGAAGAAAUAUAUCCAAACAUAGACGAUUUUGUGAAUCAAGGUGUCGCGCCACGAAUAUAUUACGCAGUAGAAAACUUGGCAAAAGCUCUUCACAAUAUGCAACUAUUCCCUAAAGGAAAAUCUGAUGAUAGGCGACAUCAUUAUUAUAAGCAUCAGCUGUUUUCCCUGCUAAAAGAACUUAAAUAUUCCUUUGAUUCGGCUGAGCCAGUGCCAUUCUUUAAUGAAUAUGGAGAAUUUGUUUAUCACUACAGAAUAACUAACUGGAUACUGGAAGAAGAUUUUACUGCAGAUUAUAACGAAGUGGGAAACUUUACACCCUGGGCUCCAGAAGGUCAGAAGCUUCAUGUCAACCAUAAAGCCAUAACAUGGAAAUUUCCUAAUAAGGUUCCGAUAUCUCGAUGUUCAGGACCCUGCUUGCCUGGUAACAGAAAGAAGAUCGGAACUUCAAUUCAUAAAUGUUGCUAUGAGUGCAUCCCGUGUCCAGAAGGAGAGAUGUCCAACAUUUCUGACAGUGAAAAUUGCAUGAAAUGUUUUGAUGAAGAAUGGCCAAAUGAGAACAAGGAUCAGUGUGUUCCAAAACUUAUGGAAUUUCUCUCUUAUACUAAUGAUCUAAUUUCUGCAGUAUUUUCAUCUAUUUCCAUACUUUUUUGCCUUCUGACUGGUUUAAUAUUGGGAAUAUUUAUACAUUACCGGGACACCCCCAUUGUUAAAGCUAAUAACCGGAACCUGAGCUAUCUUCUCCUGGUCUCCAUCAUGCUGAGCUUCCUCUGUGUCUUCUUGUUCCUCGGCCGUCCAGUAGAUGUGACCUGCAUGCUGCGUGUAACCUCUUUUGGCGUCAUCUUCUCAGUUGCUGUCUCUUCUCUACUUGCCAAAAGUAUCAUGGUGUGUAUUGCUUUUAAAUCAACCAAACCUGGAAGUCCCUGGAGGAAAUGGAUGGGAGCCAGAUUUCCUAUUUCUAUAAUGUUGGUGUGUUCCCUGAUUCAAGUAAUCAUAUGCAUGACUUGGUUAUCCAUUUCUCCUCCAUUCCAGGAUAAAGACACUCACUCUUAUGAGGGAAAGAUCAUCAUUCAGUGUAAUGAGGGUUCAGUUAUCGGCUUCUACUCUGUCCUGGGAUAUAUGGGACUUCUGGCAGCUGUGAGUUUCAUUAUAGCUUUUUUAGCCCGGACAUUACCGGACAGUUUUAAUGAGGCCAAGUACAUCACCUUCAGCAUGCUGGUGUUCUGCAGUGUCUGGAUUGCCAUGAUCCCGGCCUAUCUGAGCUCUAAAGGGAAAGACAUGGUGGCUGUGGAGAUUUUUGCCAUAUGGGCAUCAAGUUCUGGACUUCUUGGCUGUAUAUUUUUUCCAAAAUGUUACAUAAUUCUUAUUAGACCUGACCUGAACACAAAAACAGGUUUGCUUGGAAACAGAACCAAAGAGGUCAUUAUUUAUUAAAAACAAAA